GUCUGGAACCACUGUGAUCUUUUAAUCAAUAACUAUUUACUUCCGGAUUGUUAACUGAAUGACGAAUAUGAAUGGACCAGAGUUGAGACCGCCGCGGCGCCCGUCACUGCCGUCCAGAGACAAGUGGCGGUUUGUGGCGUCCGACAAGGAGUACACUGUAGAGGACUUCUAUUCCGAGUUUCACGCCACUUUUCCUUGUGUUUGCAUUGUUACCCAGGGGUACUUUGGUGACAUUGGGAUUGAGGUGAUCGGCAAAGAACAGGCAAUAUACAUUCAGAAGUUAAGCAGACAACAGCGAGUUGUUGCUGACAUUAUAUCCGGGGAGGAGAAAUGUCAGAUUUCUAUACCCACGGCUUACAGGGCCAGGUUCUGUGUUGUGGAAAAGCAUGGAAAAUGUACUAAGGAAUAUCCUUUGGCUGAGAUUCUGCGCUUGUACAGCCUACCAUGUGUUGUCCGGUUUUCACCGAACAACCAAUUCCAUCUUGUAUCAGUAGAGGGAACAAGAAUGGAAACGGACAAACUCCGUCUAAGUCUACAAAAGACGUAUGAGGAAUUGUAUUUGGUUGGAAAUCCCCUUACUGAAACCACUAUUUACGAAGAAAUAAUGCUGCUGCCUUUUUACCUGAACGAAAUAAGACUGUCACUGGUCACGGAUAUUCUAGGUUAUCCCUCAAAUUGGUCAUCAUAUCUACAGAAUCUGUCUGUGGCAAAACUUCCCGAAUCCGGAAAAUUUGGAAACUCAGAUAUUGCCAUCUACAGAAAAACAGGAUUACAUUCCUUUGAGAGUUCGGGAGCUGUCCCAGAGACCUAUUUAAGUUUAUCAGCUGUCAGUGUACAGACGGGGCAUCAUUAUGAAGAUUUACAACAGAAGGAACAGACCGACAGAAUAUAUGACAUUAUUUGGGAUUCGAAUAUUGGCCGUUCUGUUGUGAAGGAGAGACAGAGCGGCGUUUUUGUACCAGAAGAGGAGACAAAACAGGCUCGAUACAUCAAGUGGGAGGAAGCUCAACUGUCGAAGUCUCUUCCUGUUAAUACCAGUACGGAGAAACGUUAUGCUGAAAGACCGCUACCAACUCCUCCCAAAAUUAUUCAGACAGAGAUAGAAAGUUCUACGGAAAACCAGUUAACAUAUCCUAGAAAUGAAGAUGAGAUAUCUAAUCAACAAACACAAAAAGCAGAGGUUCAAAGAAACGAAAAUGAAAUUUCAGCAAAGGGAAUUCAGAAAUUUAAAGAUAGAGAAAAAGAACCACAAAUGUCGAGGAGUCAGAUUCAAAUGAAAAAUGAAUUGGAAAGGGUACUAAGUACAAGCGCAAAUUUUGUGAGCAAUCAAACCUUAACAACCUGUUCGAAAGAUUCCAGCAAUCUACCACCGAUUCCGAAGAAACCUUCCAGGAACAAAGAGAUCAACGAGCUUUUGAUGCCUGAUAUGGCUGCUGAACGUAAGAUGCGGAUCCCAACUAUGUCCGUGUCGGAAGUGACGUAUUGGUUAGGCGUGCUGAAGCUGGACCAGUACACAGACACUUUCAAGGAAAACGAUGUGGAUGGUGUCCUCCUCUCUGAACUUGAUGAUAGCAUUUUGCAAAAGGAGUUUGGAAUGUCUCGCUUUCAUGCCAUCAAACUCCGAAAAUUUAUAUCGGAAGGAUACAUUCCUCGCCAGUAAACAUUCAAAGUGUGCUUGGCAAAAUAAUUUCUUUCACUCAUAAUAAAUCUACAAAAACGUCUUCAAAACUCUUUCGUCUCAUAACCAUCAUGACAAAUUGAAUGA